CUCCAUACUGUAGUGUACUACUUUUGACCAGAGUGCUAUGGAUCCUAGUCCAAAGUGGUGCACUACACAGGGAAUAGACUGCCAUUUGGGACAGAUAGAAAGCACAUAUACAGUAUAGUCUACAUGUCAGAUAGUGAUUGAGUGUUUCCUACAGGUACUACAUAUCUGGGUGUGUGAGACAGUCAUUGGAAGAAAACACAUUUAUUUAAUUUUGAUCGGUACGUUUCUACCUGUUCUAAUUGAAAUGUUGAUGUGACACUAAUAAGUGCGUGUGCUGAAAUACACUGCAAUGUGACUGCAGGGGCUAAUGUUUUCAAUACGCACUACCUCAUCCACAUCUCCCCAGAGCAGACACACGCCCUAAUCACAUGAUGAUUCUGCCAAGAUCGCUCACUUGGAAGGAAACUUCCGUUUUUUUUCCCCGACUCAACAGUCGGGAUUACCGUUGAAAGGCAUAGAAUGUAAACGGUGCAGAUGAUAUACCGUUCUGAUAUCACGGAAUAUCGCCUCGUCGUGCAGGAUUUCAGCACUCGUGACGCUCAAAAAAAAAAAAAAAAAAAAAAAGCCGUUCCCCAUCCACCCAAUCACAACUGACGACGGCCCGAGCCUCGUCCUUAUUGGUGCCUCCACCCAAUCACAACUGACGACGGCCCGAGCCUCGUCCUUAUUGGUGCCCGCUCUUCCUCUGAUUGGCUACCGGUGCAGCGUUGGCCCAACCCUUCUCCACCAACUGUCACAGGAGCUCCCACUUCCUUGUGAUUCUGUCCGGGCGCAUCGAAGAUGGCUUUGAGUAUGGAUGGUAGUGGCUAUAUCAACCAACGUCCUAUUCAUUUACCGAGGCUAUUGUAAAGAAAUAAAGGAUUUCCUUGCGUCGAUAAGUGAAGGCGGAGAGGCGGCAGUACGUAGUCGCGAGUAGUGUUCAUACGCUCGUCGUACUACGGACGGUUCGCUUCCCGACGCGUGUUUUUUUGUUUUGUUUGCUCCCCCUGGUUGAUUCCGAUAGCUAGCUAACUGACACUUAACGACAAUUGUGUAAAUAUUAGCCACAGCUAAGCUAACCACUGCUAGUAAAAAAAAAUGGCCACCAUGGAUAAAUUAAUGAAGGCCUUUGAAUCUCUCAAGUCUUUCCAACAACAACAGGGACCGCCGACCGCCGAGGAGACGGCUCAAAAACAGAAGAAAGAGCUGGCCACCACCAAAAAGGACAGAGUGGCCCACUGCCUGACCAUAUGUGAGAACAUCAUAGCCCAGUCUCUGAGAACGUCUCCGGAGUUCCAGAAGCUUCUGGGUAUCGCCAUGGAGAUGUUCUUGCUGUGCAGUGACGACAGAGAGUCGGACGUCAGGAUGGUGGCAGACGAGUGCCUGAACAAAAUCAUCAAAGCGCUGAUGGACUCCAACCUGCCCAGACUGCAGCUGGAGCUCUACAAAGAAAUUAAAAAGAACGGUGCCUCUCGGAGCCUGAGGGCUGCUCUUUGGAGGUUCGCUGAGCUAGCACACCUCGUCAGACCACAGAAAUGCAGACCGUACCUGGUGAACCUCCUCCCCUGUCUGACCAGGAUCACGAAGAGACAGGAGGAGACUGUCCAGGAGACCCUGUCGGCUGCCGUGCCUAAGAUCAUGACUGCUCUGGGACACUUCGCUAAUGACGGAGAGGUCAAGGUGUUGUUGAAGUCGUUUGUGGCCAACCUGAAGUCCACUUCUCCUACGAUCCGUCGGACGGCCGCCAGCUCGGCGGCUAGUAUUUGUCAACACUCGAGACGGGCCUCCUACUUCUACACCUGGCUGCUCAACAUCCUGCUGGGUCUGUUGGUCCCUGUCGAUGAGGAACAUCCUAACCACCUGGUCCUGGGGGUGUUGUUAACCCUUCGCUACCUGAUGCCUCAACUACAGCAACAGGACAGGACCACCAGCCUGAAAGGAAGCUUCGGAGUCAUGAGGAAGGAGGCAGACUUACAGCCCACGCCUGAACAGCUACUGCAAGUCUAUGAGUUGACUCUCCACUACAGCCAGCAUGGCGACCACAACGUGGUGACGGCCUCUCUGGAACUGAUGCAGCAGAUGUUCCGGACUCCUCCCCCGGAGCUACUGCACAUGCUCAUUACGCCCGGCAGCGUUCCGCACGCCAGCGUGUUCCGACGGGACGUGGAGAGACGCGCCCACUCCGGCAGCAUCCUGGAGUUCAUUGCCGGGGGCGGGUCUUCCUGUAAUAGUCCACUCCUCCUCAGAAAACAGAAAGGCAAGAUGCUGUCGGGGGAGGAGGAGGGGUUGGAGGACGACCCUGAGAGGGCAGAGGUCACCACCGGGGCCUUUACAGCCUCUGUCGCGGGCGCCGACGCCACCGCCCAGGUGGUCGACAUCAUUACCCAGCAGCCCCGCUCCUCACAGCAUGCUCUGCAGCCCGGCGACUCCGUGGACCUCGGUGGCGCCUCCUCGGAACAAGGAACGACUGCCCUCGGGACCUCCGGCGGCGAGGGAGGGGCGGGGACUCCUGAGUCGCCCAAUGACAACGCAGCGGAUGAGGACAUGCUCAGCCACAGCUCCAGCGGGGCUAACGUUACCCCGGAAACGGCCGACUACGCCACACCGGAGAACGCGGAGAUGCCCGAUGGGCCCUGCUGGACCCCUGGGAGACCCCUCGCUGCCCCCGAGCGCCGACUCAUCACAGACCACCACAGAGGGGCCGGACUCGGCCGCCACGCCUUCAGACGCCGCUGA